UUUAACGGAGCCACGGCGUCUACCGUGAGUCAAUUGCGUUCGGAGCUGCUGCAAAGAAGGGUGAGUUGCGCACCCAGCUGUAAGGAUAUCUGUACCCGAGCACGAACGGAUUACAACAUGGACGACCAGGACUCGAAGCUCGGGAAGGGGCAGCCGUGCGCCGACGAGCGGCUCGACAGCGGCCUCGACUCGUUGAGGGAAGACGAGUGUAGCAGUCUGGCGGCAGACACGGAGCGGCUGAGCAUCGGCUCGACAAAAUUGUACAGAAACGAGAUGAGGAGCGAAAUGGGCGACGAACCGUGGAAACGCGACCGCUCCGACGACGGAGACACGUUUCUUCAUCUUGCCAUCAUCCAUGAAGCAGCUGACUAUGCUGUUAAGAUGAUCAAGCAGUCAGUUAAUGACCCUUUCCUCAACAUCCAGAACUACCAGAGACAGAGCGCACUCCACUUGGCUGUUAUCACUGAACAGCCCCAGAUUGUGGAUCAUCUUCUGAAGGCAGGUUGUGACCCUCAGCUGGUGGACAACCAGGGCAACACAGCACUCCACAUUGCCUGCAAGCGUGGCUCCUUGAGUUGUUUCAGUGUUCUGACCCAGAGUUGCCCCGUGGAGCUGCCCACCCUCAUGUCAGCCAAGAACUACAGCGGACUCAACUGUAUACACCUGGCCUGCAUCCAUGGCUUCUUCUCCUUGGUAGAAAGUCUCAUCCAGCUGGGAGCAGACAUCAAUGCUCGGGAGCAUUGUAAUGGGCGCAGUGCUCUACACCUAGCUGUGGACCUGCAGAAUCAGGAGCUGGUGAGGCUCCUCAUCUCUCUGGGGGCUGACGUCAACAGUCUGACAUAUGGUGGCUACAGCCCAUACCACUUGACCCAUGGGCGUCAGAACACGGACAUCCAGAGGCAGCUGUAUGAGCUGACCGCACAUGACCUGCGGGAACUCCCAGAGAGCGAGUCAGAGGACAGUGAUGAUGACCCGAUGUCUGAGGAUGAGGAGAUGUAUGAUGACAUUCUGCUGGUGGCACAGCAGUAGGAUGAUCGAGCAGUCCCAUACACAAUAACACCCUGGGAUGAAGACAGCUGCAUCCAGGAUCACUUCCCAUGAUCCUCAUCUGUCUGUAACAGUCCCAUGAAGACCCAUGUUCUGCCUGUAUAACAUGUACAUAUUGUAAAUAUCAGUAUAGAGAUUUAUUUUUGUACCAAGUUCUCAAUGUACAGUGUAAAUAUAUGUGUAUAAUAACACUACUGUAUGUAGCCAUUCUGCUUAUCUGAAAACACACUCCCAUAAAUUAAAGAAGAAAUCUGAAAAA